CCUGGAAAUGGCCUUGGAGUUGGGGAGGAGACAUUUCUUUGACAAUUUGCAAGAAGACGCCAUUGGAGAACCGCGCUGACCUCACAGCUGAAAAAAACUAUUUAAGAAAGAUGUGGAAACCAGAUGUUUCAGGCACAGUUCAGCCGCUGUUCUGAGGAUUUAUUGCGGGCAGCCUCCGCCAGCCGGUUAACGUCCCUGCAGCUGACGAUAUGAUCAUCCUAACUUACUUACUUCUCUUGCUCUGGGAAGAGGCUCAAGGAUGGGGCUUCAAGGAUGGAAUUUUUCAUAACUCCAUAUGGCUUGAACAAGCAGCUGGUGUGUACCACAGAGAGGCCCGGUCCGGCAAAUACAAGCUCACCUAUGCAGAAGCCAAGGCGGUGUGUGAGUUUGAAGGCGGCCGUCUCGCCACCUACAAGCAGCUAGAAGCAGCCAGAAAAAUUGGAUUUCAUGUCUGUGCCGCCGGGUGGAUGGCCAAGGGCAGAGUUGGGUACCCCAUUGUGAAGCCAGGGCCCAACUGUGGAUUUGGAAAAACUGGAAUUAUCGACUAUGGAGUCCGUCUCAACAGGAGUGAAAGAUGGGAUGCAUACUGCUACAACCCACAUGCAAAGGAGUGCGGUGGUGUCUUUACAGAUCCAAAGCGAAUUUUUAAAUCUCCAGGCUUCCCAAAAGAGUACGAGGAUAACCAGAUCUGCUAUUGGCACAUUAGACUCAAGUACGGCCAGCGCAUUCAGCUGAGUUUUUUGAACUUUGACCUUGAAGAUGACCCGGGUUGCCUGGCUGACUAUGUUGAGAUAUAUGACAGCUAUGAUGAUGUCCAUGGGUUUGUUGGAAGGUACUGUGGGGAUGAACUUCCGGAAGACAUCCUCAGCACAGGAAACGUCAUGACCUUGAAGUUUCUGAGUGACGCUUCAGUGACUGCAGGGGGCUUCCAAAUCCGGUACUCGGCGGUGGAUCCAGUAUCCAAGUCCAGUCAAGGGAAAAACACUAGUACCACAUCUACUGGGAGCAAAAACUUUUUAGCUGGAAGAUUUAGCCAUCUAUAAAUCAAACAAAAGAUGUUCCAAAUGUGCAAUGCUUGUGUUUGCAUCUUUGAAACCUCUUUAAUCUCACUGUGUGUUAUUGUUUGUGUUAACAUUUAUUUAUUAUGUUUCUAAAUGUGAAAGUAAUAUACCUAAUUUGGUGAGAAAUUUAAAAAUACUGAAAAAUUCAAAAGCAAGAAUAGAAUCUCUCCUAAUCCACCAUAUGGAAAUAAUUAGUGCUAACAUUUAUAUGUUCUUUUUUCAUUUUUCCACUUGUAGUGUAUGUAUAUAUGUAUCUAUAUGUAUUUGUAUUUUAAAUUUUGGAAUCCUUUCUGUACAGAUUUGCACACUGGUUUUUGUGAUUUUUUUUUUAAACUUUAAACCUAAGCAUUUCCUAAAUCAUUGAGUAUUCUACAAAAACAUGAUUUGAAUAGUUGUAGAAUAUUCCCUAUGUUAUUUAAAUCUCUGUUGUUGAAAUUUUAGAUUGUUUUCAGGAAUAUUACUGCAAUAAA